AUGGCUGGAGUUGUAGUUUUAUUCUGCACUUUAGCCCUUAAUUUAUUGUGUUUGGCCUUAGCUUUUGAUCCUUCUCCUUUACAAGAUUUUUGCGUUUUCGAUGCCAAUAGCCCCGGAUGCAAGAACCCGGGAACUGUUACAGCCGACGACUUCUUCUACAGCGGGCUGCAUUUGCCAGCAAACACGAGCAACCCCUACCGGGCCGGGCUGAAAGCAGCCCGUAUCCCGGGCCUGAACGGUCAAGGGCUGACGCUGGCCCGUCUCGACUUCCUGCCAAAUGGAUUCAUCCCGCCCCACUAUCACCCGAGGGCGGCUGAGAUUCUCACCGUUCUAGAAGGUUCCUUGGAAGUCGGGUUCGUGACGUCAUACCCUAACUACAAACAUUACCCUAAAGUUCUCAACAAGGGCGAUGCCUUCGUCGUCCCAGUUGGACUUGUCCACUACCAGCGCGGCGUUGGGAAUGCGAAUACGGUGGUUCUGUCAGCGGUCAACAGCCAGAACGCCGGAAUUGUGGAAGUUGCCGCCGGUAUAUUUGGUGCCAAGCCUGUGAUUGACAGUAAUUAUCUAGCAAAUGCUUUUAGAUUGAAUAAGGGAAUUGUGGAGCAGCUUCAAUCCAAGCCUUGGUCUUGAGCUUUUAGAUUGAAUAAGGGAAUUGUGGAGCAGCUUCAAUCGAAGAACUUGAAACAAUUUAUACACUCGUGAACUAUAACUUUUAUUGGGCUGAGGUUAAAUUGCAAUGUUUACGUGAAUGACAUCGAUUACAUCUAUUCGAAAUGACAUCUUUAUUUUCCUUGUCA